GAGUGCGUGUGCGCGCAGGGGUUGUCCCUGGGAUUCCGCGUUGUUUCCUAGCGCUCGGGGCGGGGAUCCGCGUGUCCAUCCCAUCCGAGUCUGCGCCGCGAUGCGGCUGCUCCCCCAGCCAGGGGCUCCGACGCUGGGAUUCCCCAGCUCGGCGUGCAGCCACGGGUGGAGUUCCCAGGGAAGGCGCAGGGGUGAGCGGGCGGAGCCCAAGACCCGGCUUGCAAGCCACUGGCAGGCGGGGGAUCUGCGAGCGAGUCGGGUCCGGAACAAUCCUGGGAGAUGCGGUGGCCGCCACCCCUCGGUCGGCAGCUUUACGACCCCAUGUGUCUCAAGCCUUGCAGUGGGCACCGAACACCCCUGGGACCACAAAGUGGGAUGUUGUUCGGACAAUCGCCUUAAGUGACCCGGUACUGGGCCCAGGUCGCUCCAGCUUCUGGCCACCGUCUGAGAGACGGCGGCGGAGGGGAUGAGCACCGGACGCGCAAAGCGCCUACCGCGAGCUAUCCCCGGGAGGUGGACACCUAGCAGGGCUCCUCGAAGGACCGCGCGGACCUUUACCUCCCCCGGUACAAGGUGGAGAAAACUUCCUGUUGUGCCUCGGGGAUAGAUGCUCUGGGCACCUCCCUACUGCUGAGAUGUUCUGCUUUCAGGUUCUGCCAUCCUCAGCCCGGGUCUCUGGAGGGGACGACUGAGUGGGUCCGACAUCAGCCCAUCCUGCAGGUGGAUGAAAAUUGCCGGAGGCCUUGUAUGGGAUCAGCAAUCACAUUUUAAGAGCCAUGGACGAAGGGGCUGCGCAGUCCCGGGCCCAAGAACAGCUAGAGGCACCUUCCCUGGUAGGAGCUGUCCAAGAGAACUUCGAGUCGGAGUCCUUCAGGUCCAAGAGUUUACCGGUCCUGCACAGCGCCUCCUGCCGGCAGAAUCUCAGUGCUGGGAAUGCAGAUGGCAAACUGGCCUUGGGCAGCAUUGAAGCUUCAGGUCACCAGGAGACACAUCCUGGACGGAACUUGAUAGUCCCUAGCCCUUCUGCUCCAUCUACUUCUGCAGGCACUACAACGGAACUCAUGGACUGUAAUCACAGGAGGGACCCCAGCAAAACUGUGUCAGUAUCUUCCACUUUGGCCACACUCCAGGAGAGAAGGUGUCUUUACGUGGUCCUUACGGAUUCUCGCUGCUUCCUAGUGUGCAUGUGUUUUCUGACUUUCAUCCAGGCGUUAAUGGUCUCGGGCUAUCUGAGCAGCGUCAUCACCACCAUCGAAAGGCGCUAUAGCCUGAAGAGUUCGGAGUCAGGGCUGCUGGUCAGCUGCUUUGAUAUAGGAAACCUAGUGGUGGUGGUGUUCGUCAGCUACUUUGGUGGCCGUGGGAGAAGGCCCCUGUGGCUGGCCGUGGGUGGACUUCUUAUCGCCAUCGGGGCUGCGCUCUUCGCCUUACCUCACUUCAUCUCGCCUCCCUAUCAAAUCCAAGAGUUGAAUGCUUCGGCCUCCAAUGAUGGCCUUUGUCAGAAUGGCAACUCCACAGCCAUCUUGGAGCCUCCUCCCUGUCCCAAGGACUCGGGAGGAAACAGUCACUGGAUCUACGUGGCUUUAUUUGUCUGUGCACAGGUUCUCAUUGGAAUGGGCUCCACGCCGAUUUACACCCUGGGACCAACCUAUUUAGAUGACAACGUCAAGAAAGACAAUGCGUCCUUGUACCUAGCCAUCAUGUACGUCAUGGGUGCACUUGGCCCUGCAGUGGGAUACUUACUAGGUGGGCUACUCAUUGGCUUUUAUGUGGAUCCCAGAAAUCCCGUUCUCCUUGAUCAGAAUGACCCUCGUUUCAUCGGAAACUGGUGGAGUGGAUUCCUUCUUUGUGCCAUUGCAAUGUUUCUUGUGAUAUUCCCAAUGUUUACUUUUCCAAAAAAGCUUCCACCUCGACACAAGAAAAAGAAAAAAUUUUCUGCCGAUGUUGUUAGCGACGAUGACAUCAUCAAGGAGAAAUCAAACACAAGCGAGCAAGUGAACAAAAAAGUUUCCUCAAUGGGCUUUGGAAAGAAUGUCAGAGACCUACCGAGAGCAGCUGUCAGGAUCUUAAGCAACAUGACAUUCCUUUUUGUGAGUCUGUCAUACACAGCCGAGAGUGCCAUUGUCACCGCUUUCAUUACCUUCAUCCCCAAGUUCAUCGAGUCACAGUUUGGUAUCCCGGCUUCCAAUGCCAGCAUCUACACUGGUGUCAUCAUUGUCCCCAGCGCUGGUGUUGGCAUUGUCCUGGGAGGCUACAUCAUAAAAAAACUGAAGCUCGGUGCCAGGGAAUCUGCAAAACUCGCAAUGAUCUGCAGUGGGGUGUCUUUGCUGUGCUUCUCAACCCUGUUCAUUGUUGGAUGUGAAAGCAUUAACCUGGGAGGCAUAAACAUCCCUUACACAACGGGACCGUCUCUGACCAUGCCCCAUAGGAAUCUGACAGGAAGUUGUAAUGUUAAUUGUGGUUGUAAAAUACAUGAAUAUGAACCAGUCUGUGGAUCAGAUGGGAUCACGUACUUCAACCCUUGUCUGGCUGGCUGCAUUAACAGUGGCAAUCUUACCACGGGGGUCCGAAAUUACACAGAGUGCACUUGUGUCCAAAGCCGACAAGUGAUCACCCCGCCCACAGUGGGGCAGCGCAGCCAACUUCGAGUGGUCAUCGUGAAGACCUAUCUCAAUGAGAACGGCUACGCUGUGUCUGGGAAAUGCAAGCGAGCCUGCAAUACCCUCAUCCCCUUCUUGGUCUUCCUUUUCAUAGUUACCUUCAUCACAGCGUGUGCUCAACCGUCAGCCAUUAUAGUGACACUCAGGUCCGUGGAAGAUGAGGAAAGGCCCUUCGCAUUGGGGAUGCAGUUUGUUCUGCUGCGAACACUUGCAUACAUUCCUACUCCGAUUUACUUUGGAGCCGUGAUUGACACCACCUGUAUGCUCUGGCAGCAGGAGUGCGGAGUGCAGGGCUCCUGCUGGGAGUACAACGUGACGUCAUUUCGUUUCGUCUACUUUGGCCUGGCGGCUGGCCUCAAGUUUGUUGGCUUUAUUUUCAUUUUCCUGGCCUGGUACUCUAUCAAGUACAAAGAGGACGAGCUGCAGAGGCGGCGGUGCAGAGACUUCCCGCUGAGCACUGUGAGCGAGCAUGUGGGCCGGCCCAGCAAAGCCGAGAAAUACUCCCGGACUACAUCGUGCCCAGCCUUCAGCACCCAGGGGGAAUCCCACGAGGAAACUGCUCUGCAGAAGGGAUUCCCGGGCACCACACUGACAUAUCCUGGACCUUUCUCAGAAGCAGAAAGUUCCUCUGCAGACCGAGGGCUGGACGAGAGCCUCGAUGCCGCUCUGUAGCAUCCCUGCUGGAGCCUGGAGAAGGAAGACUUGUGUUGUUGGUUGAGUUGAACACGGCAAGUUGAGAAACACCUGUGCCUUCUUUCCUUUUGUAAACCUCCACAGACACAAUCCUCAAACCAACAAUACUCAGUACACACAGCCACUGUUGCUGAGGGCUCGGUACCUCAACGGGACGGACAGCUUCCCCCUCCAGGGAGGAGUUUAGCUGGAUCUGCCGCCAUGUCUGCUAGGUUCACUUAAUGUUCACAGUCCCUUUGGGUAGAAGCCCGAGGUCCACGGUUAACCGCGGGAAAGGCUAUGACCAUACAUAUCAUUAGCAUACACUCCAGACAAAGGUGAGCUUCACCAGGACUUUGCAUUUGCAAGUCAAGAGUUUUUAGAUUUGAGCACCUACUGUGAGCUCUGCAGCAAAGCACAACUGAAUUUGCCUCAACUAUGCAAUUUGAUUGGAAAUAGAAAAGUGUGGCAUGUCCCUUUGGCUUUCAGAGAGCAAAGCAGAAACGUUUUUCCUUAGUGGAAGCUGAAUGUUCCCUAAAGCACUGUUAAUCGCAAUUUAAGCCAUAACAGACUUAUCAAUCAGGUAAAAAAAAAAAAACCUUCAAAUGCUUCAAUGCUUCAAAGAACUGUAUUAUUGUGCAAUGGAAGGGUUUCUUGAGAAGUAUUUUCUCUAAGUCCAUUCACUCCAUCUUAAGGUAGACCAAGAGGCUGCUGAGUCGCACGUCUGCUGGCUUGAAUAUAUAAACUACAGUAUUCUUUCCUAAGGGGCUUUAAAACUAGUGUGCUAAACAGUACGGCUGGAAACUAAUCUGAGAUGCUCGAUGGGGAGGAAAUGAUGAUCUUCUCUUCCGAGGAACUCUCGCAGCUCUAAGGGCCCACUGAAACUCGCUAAGAGUUACUGCUACUUUGACAUACAAAGUAGUUGAUAAAGAAAAUCCUGAGGUAAGAUGGAGUCCCAACUAGGGAACUUCACUUCUCUCUUAACAUACUGGCAAAUCUCUACUGAUUGUUUUCUCUGUGUGGAAGGUGGUCAUGGUUGCCUUGGAGAAUGAAUGAUUCAGUCAUGAAAGCUGUACCGUGGAUAUGAAAAUCACUGCCCAGCAGACGGGAGGUUUGUCAGCUGAACACAGAAUAUGAUCAUACUUAAAUAACGAGUUGGAAUGUAAAGAAAGCCAGUCUGCCAUACUGAAUCCUGUAUGGCAGGAUUCAUCGUUUCACGGUGCCCUUUGCAUGGCCGUUCUUCUGUCUUUCCUCAAGUGGCUCUGAGACAGGAUAAUUCCCUUCCUAAAGGCACCUCAGGUCCACUGACAGCUGUUUAUCUUUGUCUCUCGGCUUUAGGCUGCUCAGGAUGCUUUCUGUAUGGUGUUCUUACGUCAGAGGCCUCUUGGCAAACCUUUGUGCAUCCAACAGUUGGUAACUCAUGGGAUCUGGCUACACUGGACCAAGAUGUCCAAUGCACCAUAAAAUUAUAGCCUCUCUGUCAAAGAACUCAUGUCAUGUAAGGUGACCUCAGGAAAUGUUUCCUCGUCUGGAAGAGAGGUGGCUGACAGAAGGGCCAUGAUCCAUUCAAUCUUGGCAGGGCACACAGGUAGAAUUAUGAAUAUUCUUAUUACAGUUCCUGGUAUAGAAUUGACUUCCUGCCCGUGUAGGAAGCCCACAAGUCAAGUGGUUUUCUGGGUAAUGUCUAUAAGAGGCAGAGCUAGUGCCUAGGUGAAAAGAAUCUUCUUUGACUCCUGGGCUUGGCUGCCAUGGAGGUGGGAUGCUUAGCUAGGAUAGAUUGUGAAUGCUGGGUGUCAGAUUUUUGACCAGAGUAACAAACAUGAGAGGUUUUCAUAAAGUCUUGCAGGUCAGCCCACGGUGUACUCUUGGGAGUUGGUGUCCCUCACUGGCCUCUGUGGGUGACUGUCAUUCUUUAGAAGGGAUAAUAAGUGUCCUUUGGUGUUGAUGCUAAGCUGAUUAGGUUGUAGAGAGGUGGUGCUUUCUUAAUUUUUUUCUGUGAUAUUAAGAUAUUUUAUUAAGAAACUUCUGGUGGAAUUGGUCCUGUUUUGGUACUAAGAUUGAUGGGCUCACCAAGGGUGAUUAGAACGCUUCUGGUCCCUUCCUCUACCUUGAAUUCAGUUCAGCAGUUUCUGACUGAGCACUGGUUAUGUGUUGAUGCCAUUCAUUGCUCCUUGAGAUCCUAUGGGAUGCAGAGGUCAGAACUCGAAGACCUUGGAAGUGCACUACAGCAUGCAAAUAUUAAAUAUUGAUAUUAAGUAGCAGGUGUAUCAUUAAUGUACUAGUGGUGAUUGUACACUAGGUCCUGAAAGUCAUGAGGGAAUGAAGUUCUGCAUUCUAUAUCAGUUAAAGAUUGCUCCCCAGAUGUCUUAGCUCCAGUAGCAUCAUCUGAAUAUUGCAUAGCCACGGAGUGAGUAUUUCAUAGGCAGUGCCAUUCAAUUGUGCUGAUAGAAGAGGUCUUCCGUUUCUGGCAAACUGGUUGCUUUCCUUGUGGCCGCAGCUCGUAACAGAAACUAACUGCUUUCUGAGCAUAGGCUUUUGGGUUGUUUUGACAAAAGGCAAGUUGUUCUUGUAUCAUCUCUAUAAAUUAAAUUGUCUUGUUUGGCUUCAGUAUGCCAAUCUAAUACGAAGCUUAUGGACUUAGAAACUCCCAAGGGCAGAGGGAGGAAGGUGGUGGAGGAACCUUCUUUUGAUUUUCUUCCUAGUAUGAGGUUCUUGUGUUGUGGAGGUGCCCUCACAGGUUGAAGAGAGUUAAAAGUCAUUUGGAACACCAUGAGGAUGGGGAGAAAGAGAGCAUUUGUUGGGGUGAAUAUUUGCAGGAUGGUUUCCCAGCAUUCAACACCCACUGCAUUUUCCAGUUUAAGAGCGGGCGAGGAAACACGGUUUCCUUCAGUGGCGCAGGCCUGAGCUCAGGACCUUGCAUAUGACCUCAGGCCCAUGUUCCCUGAGCAGCACCCCAGUCUUCUCUGGAGAGCAUUUUUUAUUUGUUUGUUUAAAAAGCAGAUUUGAAACCCUAGGCUCAGAAAGUUGAAGCCAGUUCUUCGGGUGGCUCAGAGUAGCAGUGACAGGGGAUGAGUGAUAUGUCCACUGUAAAAUAGGUUAGCACCUAUCACUGUUUGAUGUACUAUUGUUUUUGAAGUUAUAGAGACAUUCUUUAGAGACAUUUAUUUCCUUGUAUGAAUAGAGGAAACAUAGCACACGCCCGUGUGAACCACCCACACUUCAUGUUUAACUAGAUUCUCAAAGUAAAUGUUAUUUAUGUAGCCAAGUAUAAUACUAAAAUCAUUCAUUAUAACUUACUUCAAAUGUUUAUUUAUGGGUUGAGUUUAAUUGAGAACACACCCAGUUUGGUUAUUAAUUAGGAUCUUAGCAGAAUUUCCUAAAGUGAAAUGUUAUGAAGAAAGGGUUAAUUCUGGCUGGUUGAAUCUGAGCUUUGGGUGUUUCAGGUGUAUUAUUUAUUUCUUUCUCUUGUCAGUAGAUUAACAUUUCUGCUAACUCAUAGACAGCCGUGGGUUUUCAGAGUCUUAGUGAAGAUUUAAAAAGAACAUAGAAAAUGGACUACAAACCACAGACUCCGUCUGUCACCUCAGGUGACUGUGAUGGUAAACUAUAUCUUUGCACUCAGGGAAGCCAGCACCCACAGGAGUUGCUAGAGUGGGGCUCCCAGAGGUCUCAGAAAUCCUGUCUCACCAACCAUCCAAAACUUCUGUUCGGUCCACAGUUCUAGCUCACAGUCUUUGAUGAACUUCUAGCCAGGAAGUGUCUUCUUUGUUUUGUUUUUGAGGCUGCUUCGUAGAACCCUGUGUGCACCAAGGAACAUCACUACAGUGUGGAGGGACCCAAAGCCCCCAUGGGAACUCUCCCAUGAGCUCUGUAGCAAGGCAAGCACUUGCCUAAGGUGCUAGCUGAUAAUAACUUGUGACAGUACGUGUGUGUGUGUGUGUGUGUGUGUGUGUGUGUGUCUAGAGGUGCAGAGUGUGAAGGUAUCUGUUGCUACAUAGGUACAUGCUGAGUAUUCUACGUAGCAGAUAGAAACCAGAAUGUUGUAAGUCCCUGAAAAGCCAGAUUCGCUAAUUCUGUUCUGCAGACUUGUGAGUAGCCUUCCGCGGUCAGGAGGGAUGGCUGGCAGGUGAGGCUAGUGGCCUCGUGUACUUUGCCUUUUCCCUCUUCUGUCAACUCACCUUUACUGGUAGUUUGUGGUCUACCUGACUGUCGAAGGCCAAGAAGAUACUGCUGGCGUUGUCUGUCCCAGACUUCCUGUUGUGCUGCUUCAACCAGAUUUGUGUUUGUCUGAAGAGGUUUAAUUUAAGCAGUUCAUUUGUCCUCAGCCUUAUGGAGGGUCAAAUGUGACCAGAAACUCACCUUACUGCUGUUGGCUUUGGCAACAUUAAAUAUAAAAUGCCUCGGUGCUAAAGUGUUUGCAGACGCAUGUUCCUCUCUGAAGUCAGUGUUUCAGUGCUUUGCGUUUGGAAAUCUGGGGGUUCCCCCGAGAGGACAAACCCCGCUGACUUCAUUUCCACAGUCCAGAAACUCUAAUGCAAAACUGGGAAGUGUACUGGGGAGUCCUCUUCUACACAAAGGUCAGUGGGAGAAUGAUCAGAUGCUAAAAAAUAAUUUCAGAGAGAUAAAAACACAUUUAGAUAAUCUUCUAUCUUCUACGGAAAGUUUCAAGCCCUGGGAGCUGCUCUUCAGCUCUGGGUUGGAUGCUGUUGUCUCUGACUGGUAGUUUACUCUAUAUAUGGAAAGUAAAGAAACUAAUGUUAUUGAAAACAAAAGUAAUGGUAAGGCUGUUCUAAAGUAAACCGAGGAGUAAGACUCCCCAGUGGGCAUUUGUCUUCAGUAUAUACCUCUACCCCAAACUUAAAUGAUGAUCUAGAGAAUGAAGUCCAAGGCCAGCCUUUACUUUGUAGUGUAAGGAAAUGUGAAACUGUGUCAAACUGGUAUUAGGAUAUCUGUGGAGUGUGCGUAUGUGCGUGUGUGUGUGUGUGUGUGUGCGUGUGUGUAUCUUUCUGGCUGUGUGUCUAUGUGCUUCUCUGUAGAGGCAUGUUUGUGAUGAAAGGCUGCUUUGAGUCAUAAUGUAGAGUUUCAUUUUUGUGGUUUUUAGAACAAAUAUUUAUUUGGAGAUCUGCUAUGGUAAGGGCCGUAUGACUUACUUCUUUAUGUCUAAUGAAACUGAUUGUCAAAGGACUAAUAAACCUGGGUUUACAACAUCAUGAAUACUUGAUUAUUGAAAAUUAAGGGGGGGAAAAGUUCAAAAAAAAUAAAGUGUGUUGGAUUGAAA